UUGCCUGGAACCAAUUUCAAUGUUUGUUUAUGGAGCAAAAUAUAUAAUUAUUUGGUCAUUAUAAAUAACUUGACUGUUGUUGAAGUUCAAAAAUAAUAAAUUCACAGUAUUUGUUGGAUUUGAAUGGUUAGGUAAUCUACACAUACAAAUUAAAUUCAAAAAUGAAUAAAACCGGUAAAACGGUGUUGAAAACGUUUAAAAAAUACUUCAGCAGUGUCAAACGAAAAUAUCCAAUAAACAGGGACGAAGAGAAAAAACUGCCAAUAUUUCAGUAUGGAGUUAGCAAAGAUUCAUAUCAAAGAAUCUACUCGUGGGGAAACACAACAACAGGAGCUCUUGGAAUCCCAUAUAUUAAGAGAGAUGAACCAAUAGACAAAGUUACAUAUUUCAGACAUCCUAAAAGAGUUACAUUUGGGGAGAGGAAUGAAGUCACUACAGCAGCAUGUGGUUUUGGAUUUACACUGUUUGCAGUGAAUAGUGAUGACCAUAAGUUAUAUGGAUCUGGUAUCAAUACCGAUUCUCAAAUAGGUUACCAUGAAGUCACACAAAAUAAACCUUUGGAAGUAUUGUUUUACCCCAAGCCAAUUCACCUGCCAUUACUAAAACCAACUUCUAGAAUAUUAAAAUUGGCAGCGGGAAGAGCUCACAGCGUCGCAUUAACUGAUGAAGGAGUAUUUUUGCAAGGCAACAAUUCAUAUGGACAAUGUGGUAGGAAGAUUAUACAGGAUGAGGAUUAUGUUAGGAGUAAAACUGUAAACCAUUUGACAACUAUUGAUGGAAAAGACGUAAAGGAUGUAAUUUGCGGUCAAGAUCAUACACUGUUGCUAAUGAAUGAUGGAUCUGUUUAUUCAUGUGGUUGGGGUGCUGAUGGCCAGACAGGAUUGGGACAUUAUAAAAACGUCGACGUAUUUCACCGAAUAAAAGGCGACAUAGAUAACGAAAAUAUCGUGCAACUAGCUUGCAGAUCUGAUUUUGUUCUUGCUAUAAAUGAUAAAGGUGAAGUUUUUGGUUGGGGAAAUACAGAAUACAAUCAACUGUGUUCAGAGACUGAACAGCAACAACAAUGUAAUCCGACGUUUUUAAAAUCAUUAUGUCACUUGGGAAAAGUCAAGUCGGUUGCGACCGGUGGCUCUUUUUGUCUGGCAGUAAAUGACAAUGGCGAGGUUUUCUCUUGGGGAUACGGAUUGUUAGGUGUGGGACCUAACGUGCAAAAUUCUAAAGUUCCUUUACAAAUACCGGACACUCUAUUCGGGAAGAACGAUUUCCAGCCUGACUGUAUGGUAGAAAAUGUGUACUGUGGGCUGAGUCAUGCGGGUGCUGUCACGAAUAACGGUGACCUGUACAUGUGGGGUAGAAAUAGAUCAGCCUGUUUAGGAUUGGGACAUGAGAAAGACCAAUAUUUUCCUUUUAAGGUAUCUCUAGGAGCAAUAGUGAAAGAAAUAUUUUGUGGUGUUGACCAUACUGUAGCUUUAUGUAAACCAUUUAUUUAACAAAUAAAUCUCAAUAUGUAAUUAAAUAUUUUAUUAAUAAAUCAAAUAUAAUUAAAAU